UUGUGACCGACCCAUGUACGGGGCUGGAGUUUAGCGUAGUGUAUUUUGUUAAUUUUGGUGUAAUUUUUCAUUAAAAUAGUGUAAUUAUUGGCCUACAACUAUGUUUUAAUACGAACCUCUCGUGGAAAAUGUUCGGUGAUGGAGUCACCACCUUCAUUCUCAACACAUUCUGAAGUACCUCUUCUUAGCGAAGAUAGUGGUCUGUUCAUUACAAGUGGGUCGUUCUCUAGCGAUUCAGCAAGUGGAUGGCAUCACAUCACAUCCGAGUUACAAGAAAGUGACUAUGAUGAAAGAUCAUUGUCAUUUUGUGAAUCGACCCCCGAGCGAAUGUGUGGUGGUAACUUCAACACUGUGAAGAAAGGGCCUGGCAAAGUUAUAGUGACAACUAUUGAACCACCUCCAGAAUUUCAGGACAGUCCAGUUCCUGUGGUGAGCAUCCACAAGUGUGACUCUGUAGAGGGUCCGCUCUGCACGGAUGACACGUACGAGUGCGUGGUGGGCGGCGGCGUGUUCGCGCGCUCGCUGAAGCCGGAGCGCGGGCUCGCGCGCUACGCGUCGCCGCGCCUCCCCCCCCGCUCCCCGCACCGCCGCGUCUCCUCGCGCCUCUCCUCGUCCCACAACUCCCUCGUCACGCAGUUCCAGGCCGACGACUCCUCCUUCAUCACGCAGGCCAUCUCGCACGACACGCUCUCCUCCAACACGUGCGACAUCACCGACAUGUACAAUGUGCCCCUCGACAGCGACAUCUACGCCGUGCCCAUCGACAUGGUCAAACCCAUCACCAAUCUGAGGCACAAGAACAACAAACAACGCGCGGCUAAGAAGCGAAAGAGCGUCUCCCACCCCACGGGCAUGAACCACCCUCCAGAACGAAAUCACAAGUCCACUAAAGACUCGUGUAGCACUAGGACUAAAGAAACCAAACCUAAGAGACAUAGCUUUCAAAUUAGCACCGCUAAGAAAAACAUGAGUGAGUCGGAGGCGGAGCGCGACUCGCUGCACAUGACGCUGCGCGAGAUGCGCAAGUACCUGCACACGCUGUACUCCAGCUCCAGCGAGUCGGAGCGGGGGGCGGCGCGCGCGGGCGCGGGGGCAGGCGCGCGGGACGACGCCACCGACGUCAACGGCAACGGCAAGCUUGCCUACAAGGAGCCCAAGCCCUGCCCCCGCGAGACCAACAACAACACCAACAAGAAGACCACCAAGAACACGCUGGUCGCCACUAAAGGCAAGCACAAGGAGAGCGAUGCGGACUGCAAAAGCAAAGUGUCGGUUUCGAGUGGAGGCACCAAGAGCCGCAUGGCGCCGGUGAAGCUGUUGUCGUUGAACUUGAAGCAGAGUUUCUGCAAUUUGUUCCGCUGGCGGCGCGGGGGCGGGGGCGAGGCGGAGGGGGCGGCGGGCGCGGGGCCGGCGCGGCGCGCGCUGCCUCCCCUCCCGCCGCCGCUGCCCUCCCCGCCACCCGCGCGCGCCGCCGCCGCCGACGACCCCGUCACCGACUUCGCCACCUCCAUACAGAAGGUCAAAGACUACGGCUGGUACUGGGGCCCGAUCUCGGUGGAGCACGCGGAGAAGAUCCUGUCCAACGAGCCGGACGGGUCGUUCAUAGUGCGCGACAGCAGCGACGACCACUACAUCUUCACGCUCACCUUCAAGCUCAACGGCUUGCGGCAUGUGCGCAUUGAACAUGAUCAGGGUAACUUCUGCUUCGGCGGGUGCGCGAUGUUCAAGGCGCAGACGAUCGUGGAGUUCAUCGAGAACGCGGUGGAAACUUCUCGCAGCGGGCGCUACCUGUUCUUCCUUAACCUGCGCCCAGUGCUAGGCCCUGUCAGGGUGCAGCUGCUCUAUCCCGUGUCCAGGUUCAAGCGGGUGCAGAGUCUGCAGCACAUGUGCAGAUUUGUGAUAUUAAAAUACGUGCGGCGAGACUUGAUAAGCGGGCUCCCACUGCCGCGCCGCCUUGUGGACUACCUCAGCGCUACGCACUACUACUCCGAGCUCUUGUCCGAGAUCUAGACCCAGGGGACGCCCCCACACCAUGGGUAAAGUACAAACUACUGUCUACACAACUUCUCAAAUCUUUAAUGUAUAAGUACGUGGUUUAACAAGUAUUUUGUGUUAGUACGAUUUUAUUGAUGGGAUUUUAAUAUCCCUGACUGUAAACUGUAAAGGGUGUAUGUUAAAGCCUUAACACAUAGGGCCAGUAGCAAAUUGUGGGUCCGGUUUUAUACUUGAAUGCUCGAGGUACUGGUACUCUAUAGACGUAUCGUAAUGUUUGGACAGGCCAAUGUUCUGAUUGUAAAGUAAUAAAGUGAACUGGUAAUAGAAAGAACGACAGACUGGGAACUAAGGGUAUGAUUUUAAAUGUACGGCUGAUUCUUGAAGCAUUUGUUAAGGAAAUAUGUAAAAGUGCUUACAAUAUCUACAUAAGUUUUAGGCUGUGGAUUAUUAAAUUUUUCGUAAAUUAAAUUUAGGGAUUACGACAUUUGAUUCGUGUUCUUUUGUAUGUUUAGGCUGAUCUGAUCCACGAGAUAACUUCUAAAGUAGUUUGUAAAGUAUAUGUUAUUGAAAAUAAAUGUAGAAAUCACGGGAAUACAUUUAAUCACAAUAACUGUUUUGUAGUCGAUUUUGGAGCUUAUUAAAGAAGCAUUAUAUUAUUAUCUCGGGUGUAAAUGAUACUCUACAUACUCGCUAGUGAUCUACUUUAACCACGAAACGAAAAAGAUUUCAAAAUUGCGCAGUACCUAAAAGUACAAUACGGCAGAUCGAAAAAGUAACAUAUCCAAUAUGACAAUAAAAUAACCUAUAAAUGUUGUGGUUAAUUAUUUUGGGAGGGUGUCUUUUACAGCCUGUAUAUACAACCAUUCAUAAUCAUGAUCAUAAACACUGGUUCACCAUUACAGUGGUGUGCAUAUUGAAUGGUACAGAAAAUUAAAUAAGACCACAUUCAGUUUCAGCACUAUAGUCCGGGAGAUUUGGGUAUUGAUUUAUUUCGUAUCUCCUUGAAUGUAGGUCAGACCAAAGAGCGUAAUUACAUUAAACUCACUCGGGUCAUAACGCGGCGCGUAGUUCAUUGCAAUAAUUAAAUCUCUAUUGGAUAUUUGAUGAACUUGCCUCAACUCGAGUAAGGCGAGGUCUCAGCUCUUUCGUGUAUAAUAUGAUUGGGUUUAAGUUAUGUAAUUAUGUUAACAUAUUUAACACGGUAGUAUUUCUGCAAGUUCACAAAGAAACCAUGUUAAAAAAUAUGAUUUAAACUUUUACGAUACAAUCGGCUUAGUCAGUCCUGGACACUGGGAAAUGUUUUCUUCCUCAGAAUACCCACGUGGAACAUGACAUAGUGGGUUGUAUCGGUGACAAUAUUAAAUAGGUUUCAACUAUUUCCGAUUUAUCUAAUAGUAUAAUAGGCGUCAACAUUCUAAACAAAACCUUGGCCGGUGUCUGCUUUGUAUUCUUGUGAUAUUAACGAAACGCUUUGGCUCUUUAAUAGCAUCCAUCUAGUUAUUAUAUAAAGCGAAACUGUGGUAGCUCCUACUAGCCUUAGAAACAGAGAAUGGCGUAUUAUUUUUCUAGACAUGCGAUAUCGCGAAUGUAUUUGCCUAUUCACUCAAGUGAUAUGACGGUUCAAGAUGAAAGAGAAAGACAGUGGUUCCUCAGAACCAUUUUCUUUUUCUUCAAUUGGAACUUGUUGUUUGUUCUAUGCCUACUAUAGUAAAUAAAGUUGUAUACAUUUCGUACAAACUAUUAUUAGCAUGGCGAAUGUGAUUGGUGAUUGCUCACGGCAAUGCUACUUGCCAAGCCGUGGUUCCAUGUAACAAACAAAUAUAACAAAUGUGCCUACAUAUAGAAAUAAUAUCUGACUGAUUGCAGUUGUAAACAUUUACAAGUGUUGAUGUGUUCAUCGGAUGCGCCAUUCUCUCUCACUCUUGCAAUAGUACUUACACAUAUUAUUUGUGACAAUAACACACAUUGCGGUGGUAACCCUCGCGUGGCUAGUGUACAAAUUAGUUAAGCUUAGCGAUAGCUUAGACUAUAAUAUAUUGAUAAAUUAUUACCAACGUAGAAAUGUGUUAGGUUAUCACGCUCACUAACAUAACUAAACUUUUCCAUUGUUGACUCACAUAAAAAAAUACAUUUCACUGAUAUUUUUACUUCAGUUUUGUUUUGUUUAUUGCAUGGCACUACUGCUAAAUGGCAAUACAUAAUAUUAUACGUCUGUAAUUCAAACAACCUCACCCAUAAGUAAAGCAGAACUUAUGUAAAGAGACUAACCUAACAGACAUUAUAUUUUUCUUUUUUUUACAUUA